UAAUUUUCAAAUUUUGUUUUGGUUUGAUAUCAUGUAAUUGUGGCUCACUGAGUGAUUCUAUUUAUUUUUAAUUUUCAUCAGUUUUCUGGACACUUUUCAAUUUUAGAGUGACUUUUGUUUAAAGAUGUCUCGAAUUAAAAAUUCAUGUUUGGAUAUCAAAGAAAGAUUUCCUUGCCGUGAAAAGGUUAUUAACGAUCUUGAACGUCGACUGGCUAAUAUCCGAUGGCCUUUCAUGUUGAUUAAUGGUGCACAUUCCACUGGUAAAUCAAGUAUCACUCGAGCUUUAUUGGAAUCAUUGAAUAUCCCAUUUUCCUGGAACAAUUGUUUAGAAAUUUCAUCGUUAAAAAACUUACAAAUUAAAAUAUUAUAUGACAUUGGAUACCUCUUGAAUCCUAAAGAUUUGGAUGAGGAAGAGUUACCUACUCGAGUUGCCAGUAAUGAGAUAUUUAUUGAAGAGUUUCGAUCCAAUCUUGAACGUUUGAUGGCAAAAUUGGCCAAAUCUCAAGUCAAAAAAACUCCAAACGGUAAACGAUCUCGAAGUAUUGCAAAUCUUCCUACACCUACUGUUGACCGAUUUUUCAUCGUUCUGGACAACUAUGACAAACUGGUUGACUCAAAUAUCAGUAUUUUGCCAGCUCUAAAUGAAAUUCAUGAAAUUUUAAAGAAAGAUAUAUCAGUAAUUACAAUCAUGAUCUCAACAAUUUAUUACGACCGACUCGUCAACAACUUUUCCAGCAUUCCCAGGCCGCUUAAUUUCACCUUCCCAGGCUUUGAUGCUAAAUCCUUUCCAACUGUUUUAAAUAAAUUUGUUUCUGAAAAACGUGAUGACACUUAUAAAAGCCACUGUGAGCAUGUCACCCAAACACUUUCAUUUUCCAUCAGCGAUCUUAAUAAAUUAUCAUUCAUCUGUGAGCAAUCUUUCUUGGAUCAAAUUGAUCAAAUGGGAGGAACUAGUGAAGUUGCUAAAUUGCGCAAAUUUUUUACGGAAAAAGCCGAUUUUUAUGCACACAAAGCCGUCACGUUACAAAAUCAAGCAAACCCUACAAAUUCAACUUCAUCAAAGAUACAAGCGAAUUGUAAUGAAUUGGAAAAAUUGCCUAAAGCCGCAAAAUAUUUAUUACUGGCAGCAUUCCUCGCAUCCAACAAUACCAAAGCAUCUGAUAAAAAACUGUUCGUUAUUGCUUCUGAUAAAAGGAAAGUUGCUCGAAACGCAUCUAGAAAGGAAACAGUGAUAACCGGACCUAAACUGUUCACUUUGGAACGUCUUACACAUAUUUAUGAAGCUUUGGUGUAUCUCAACGAGGAUAAGGAAGAGUUAAGGAGUAACAUGCUUAAUCGACCAACUAAUCAGCUAUUAUCACAAAUUGAGACUCUAGUUUCUCUCAAGCUACUCAUCAAAGUUAACUCAGUCACCAUAACAUCCCUGUCCAGUUUAAUCAAGUAUCAAAUAUCUGAUUUUGUUACCAUUGAAUUCAUCGACUCACUUGCCAAUUCUCUUGGAAUCAAACUGAAUGAAUACAUGUGUUGAAAUUUAAAAUUAAUUACUUUGACGCGUUUAUGGUUAACAAGUUUACCAACAAGUGGCUUAUGUAUGCAAAAAAGUUGCAUCAAGAUAAAAUAUCAAGUAAGCUGCAACUACCAGGAGACGAUAAUCACAAGACAUAGAGUGACAAUACUAAUAUUAAAUGUGAUUUGAACAUGAUGACAAAAAAAGUUGACUUGGAAAAGCCAGAGGACAAAAGUGUCUUAAAAACAAUCUUUAUUUAGCUUCAAUCUUAAAAUCCAAUACACUGUGUAUCUGUUUACAUGAAUGUUUUCAUUCCUCUCUUCUCUUGACAAGAUUAAGAAUUUAUUAUAUAUAAAUCAUUUAUAACCAUCAGUCCUUCAUCAUCUUUUAAUCUACAUUUCUACGUGCCAUUCUUCAAUCGCAACUCUUUCACAAUUUACAUUAUUGUUGAUAAUCUUUUUUAUCAUUCGCAUCAUCUGAAAAUUUUACAAGCAGCUCAAAUUCAUUUGCCAAAGAUUACAAUGAAUUAAAAACUAAAUUUUCUGCUCAUCACCAAGAAGAGGAGAUUGGAAAGGCAAAAAAAGGAAGGAAAACAAAAAAGAAGGACUUUCCAAGAUAUUAUUAGCUAUACGGCAUUUCGCUUUUCAUAAAAUUGCUCCCACUUUUUGUAUUUUACUAUUGAACGAAGUGUAUCGUACAUCGCAUGUUUCUAAUCAAAUUGGAAAGAGGAGAAAGGAACCAAGAAGAAAAAAAACUCGAGAAGAGAAAAGAGACAGAAAAUUAAAGAAAGGUUAAAGAGAGACUUGGAGGGGAAAAGUGGAAAGGAGAAAAGAAACAAGGAAAGAAAAAGAAAGAUGUCUCGAUUCCAAGUCCUUAAUUCCCUUUGAAUUGCCUCUGUCUUUUAUCCUAUGUGUGUGUUCGAGUUGUUUUGAAAGUAAGACAUGUACAGUCUCAGACAACUGGAAGCUGUUUAUUGCCAGAGCGCAAGCGUUUAUCGAUUUGUGAUCUAACCAAGACCAAAGUCAUUGAGUCGACAUUGCAAUCUUUUUCUGCCUUCAAUUGCAUAGGGAAUGUCUUGAUUGUAACAGUUUUUAAUGUACAUAUACUACAAAUGUUUCUGCUAUUGUAAAAUUCACAUUGUGUAGAUUGAAAACUGUGUUUUGAUUCCCUCCCUUUGAUGAACCUUUGAAAAAUAUAACGAGCAUUAACACACCAACAACAAUUUAAAUUCGCAAAUUUUUAACUAAUUUUACCUUUUCAAUUUAUUUUAGUUUUGUUGAUUUAUUGUUGCUUGUGUUUCUUCACCAUUCUCAUCAUCAUCUCGCAGACACAGUAUUAAAUAUAUAAAUCCAACUGGA